AUGUCAUUUGAGAUCACAUAUUUGAAGGGCCUGCCAUAUAAGAACGUGAUGACCCACCACGAGGAACCAAAACAUCGGAAUUUGAUCAGCACAUAUGAUGACCAUUUUAACCGGCAUGGCUACAACCCUGCCUUGCCACCAACCCGUAGUUGGAAUGGGCAGAAAUUGGUGUGGCUGCCAGAGAAGUCGGACUUUCCCCUUCUUGCUCCCCCCACCAACUAUGGUCUCUUUGAGGAUCUCACAAAGAAAUGGCAAGAGCCUACCAAGACUCACUCUAUGAACAGUGUUUACACCUUGUCUUAUGUAAGACACCCAGUGUCUGCUCUGUCCAGGCACGAACAUGCAAUCCCAGUUCCUCCUCCCUGCCUCCAGUGAGCCAUCUUGCCCAUCCUUUUGACAACUGCUAUCUUCCCUGGAGAAGAGGAACCUAGACCAAGGAAUCGUAACAUCUUUGAGUUCGAAAGACAGCAAAUGAGGAAAGCAAGAAAAAAUGAUGGUGGCUUCCUUCCCUUACUGGCACACUUGAGUAGCUAUAACAUACCAGGAGGAUGCGCUGCAGAAAGCUCUAUGGGACACCCACAACAUCUGGCCUGUUUCUUUGGAAGAUAGAAGCCCCUCUCUCCUUCUCCAAAGUACAAGCUACUCUUUCCUUAUUUUUCGCAAUUAAAUAUGUAUGGAACUAUUAGAGUUGAUGAUGUUAACAGAAGAUAACAGUGCUUGCUCUCAAUGACCUUCU